AUAGUUAGGAGGGACUUACUUCCCCAUCAUCAUUUACCGGAGAGACCCAGCAGUGGUGGGCACCAGAUCUGCCCCGGGGGUGGCACUCACCGUCUGGGGGGGAUGGCGGCGGACGAUGCUGCUGGAGGAGCUCGGAGAGCGACUAAGAGCAAACUGUUCGAAUUCCUGGUGCACGGAGUGCGCCCUGGGAUGCCCUCUGGGGCCCGAAUGCCUCAUCAGGGUGCUCCCAUGGGCCCUCCGGGACCCCCAUUUGGUGGAAGUCCAUCUGUCCGGCCUGGAAUCCCACCUACAGUAAUGGAACCAACCAGAAAACGGUCAGCUCCUCCACAGGUUCAGCAAACCACGCCCACACAGGGGCGGAGCCGAAGCACUAAAAGACAAAAGAUGGCCGACAAGAUUCUCCCUCAACGGGUGCGGGAGCUGGUGCCGGAGUCUCAGGCCUAUAUGGAUCUUCUGGCAUUGAAAGAAAAUUGGACCAAACCAUAAUGAGGAAACGGGUGGAUAUCCAGGAGGCUCUGAAGAGACCGAUGAAG